AUGAAUACUAACAAAGCAAUCUUCUUUCUUCUCCUAUCUCUGGUCGUCCUCCUCCCUCUCUAUGCAUUUGCUGCAGCGCGUACCGGCGGCUGGAGUCCCAUCAAGGACAUCAAGGACCCUCACGUCAUCGAAAUCGCAAAUCAUACCGGCGAGAGCAACAACUACGAGGCUAUUAUCUGGGAGAAGCCAUGGUUGAAAUCAAUGAAUCUCACUUCGUUCAAGCCACUUGAUAAGGGAAGGAAGGAGGCAAAGAUAGGGUCGUGCGUGUCAAAGGGAGGAGGUGCUGGACGAGAGGCCUCCGCAUCGGCGAGGAGGCUCCCGUCGCAGCACCUAAGCGGAAGCGUAAGCUCUUCAGCCGCCGGGUACGGCGGAGAACCGUCGGAUCAAUCCGAUAUCGGCGGUGCUAAGAUGAAGGGGCUUUUCAAGUCCAAGCCUCGAACUCCCGCUGACCUCGUCCGUCAGACGCGCGAUCUCCUUCUCUACGCCGAUCGAUCCAACUCUUUGCCUGACCUUCGUGAAUCCAAACGCGAGGAAAAGAUGGCGGAGCUAAGCCGGAAUAUCCGUGAUAUGAAGUCGAUUCUAUACGGAAACAGCGAGGCCGAGCCAGUCGCUGAUGCUUGUGCCCAAUUGACUCAAGAAUUCUUUAGAGAGGAUACUCUACGCGCCUUGAUCACUUGUCUCCCCAAGCUCAACCUCGAGACCAGGAAAGAUGCAACACAAGUGGUUGCAAAUCUGCAGAGGCAACAAGUCAAUUCACGGUUGAUUGCAUCUGAUUACCUAGAAGCCAACAUCGAUCUCAUGGAUGUCCUGAUACAAGGGUUUGAGAACACAGACAUGGCUUUGCAUUAUGGUGCUAUGUUUAGGGAGUGCAUCCGCCAUCAGAUUGUUGCCAAAUAUGUUUUGGAGUCUGACCAUGUGAAGAAGUUCUUCGAUUACAUACAGCUUCCUAACUUCGACAUUGCUGCCGAUGCAGCUGCAACUUUUAAGGAACUGCUGACAAGGCAUAAGUCUACUGUUGCCGAGUUUCUAACCAAGAAUGAAGACUGGUUUUUCGCGGACUACAACUCAAAGCUUCUUGAAUCAAGUAAUUAUAUAACCAGACGGCAAGCUAUUAAGUUGUUGGGUGAUAUAUUGCUUGAUCGAUCAAAUUCAGCUGUGAUGACCAAAUAUGUGAGCUCAAGGGAAAACUUGAGGAUUCUCAUGAAUCUUCUGAGAGAGUCAAGCAAGAGCAUCCAGAUAGAAGCAUUCCAUGUUUUCAAGCUGUUUGCAGCGAACCAAAACAAGCCUGCAGACAUAAUCAACAUUCUGCUGGCAAACAGAAGCAAGCUUCUGAGAUUGUUGGCUGAUUUGAAACCAGACAAAGACGACGAGAGGUUUGAAGCAGACAAAAGUCAGGUUUUGAGAGAAAUCGCAGCCCUUGAGCCCCGGGAUCUUGCUUGA